UUUUUUUGGGCGUAAGAUGGAGGUGGGCUGAGACUUCGGAUGCAUACAAUACUUCCUCUCGUGGGUUGACUUCUGACUAGCCAGGCCCAGUUAGAGAGAGAGAGAGAGAGAGAGAGAGAGAGAGAGAGAGAGAGAGGGGUGUCGCCAUGGAAGCAGCUUAUGCAGCAGCAGGAGGAUCGGGGCCACCGCCGGUCACCGCGUCGACGCGGCGCUCCUCUUUGACGUCGCCGUCGCGCCGCCAUGUCUUGCCCCACCUGUCACCUCGUCGUCGGCCUUGCUCGUCGCUUAGACUGGUCUCAGAUUCCAACAGGUUCAAGUCUAUCCAGAUCAGAGCUUCUUCUGAAGAGACAUCUAGUCCUGUUGAAGUUGGAGAGAUGUUUGCUGACUUGAAGGAGAAGUGGGAUGCUAUUGAAGACAAAUCCAGAGUCUUCCUUUAUGGUGGUGGAGCAAUAGUUGCUUUUUGGCUGUCAUCCAUUGUAGUUGAGGCUAUCAACUCGGUCCCUUUGCUGCCAAAGGUCAUGGAGCUGGUAGGUCUUGGAUACACAGGAUGGUUUGUCUACAGAUAUUUGCUCUUUAAGUCAAGCAGAAAGGAAUUGGCCAGUGAUAUUGAAGCGUUGAAGAAAAAGAUUGCUGGUAGUGAAUAAAGCUGCAGAAGGACGGGAAGUUGUAUUUCUUAAUUCUGGUAGUAUCUGAGAAGUCAACACGUUUGGCGGAACAUACCCACUUCCUGCUGCUUCCGACGAUGCCGGCAGGCCCAAGAACAUCUUCCCGGCGUUUAUGGAAGCAACCCAUUUGCUCCAAGAACUCGUGAGCUUGCUAAUAUCCCCCGAGCUGUAUUGACAUGGAGGGUUAUUGUAAAACUGUACCCAGACGUAGUCGAAAAGACCGGUGUUAAGCGCAGCCCCCAAAUGACUAUCGGGAUAAGGGCACUGAGGAGCUGCCGUUAAGUA